GCCAUGGAGGUCUCCCCUGCGGGGGUUGAGUGGGGCGCCCUUGCCAUGGCCGGCGUCUUCGACAUCGACCUGGAGACUGAAGAGGGGAGCGACGGGGAGGAGCCUGACUUGGGACCCCCGGCGGCGGCGGAUGUGGACCCAGACUUUCACUGCAGUGGCCUCGAAUUGGUGCCAGGACAUUAUGAAGAAAUUGAAAUCUCUGAGAACAUUGUUAACAAUGGUCCAGAGCACAUCGGGCCCCACUGCUUUGAGCUGCUGCGUGUUUUGGGCAAGGGUGGCUAUGGCAAGGUAUUCCAGGUACGGAAGGUACAGGGCACAAAUGCUGGGAAAAUCUUUGCCAUGAAAGUAUUGAAGAAGGCCAAGAUUGCCUGUAAUGCCAAGGACACAGCCCACACAAAGGCUGAGAGAAACAUCCUGGAGGCCAUCAAACAUCCAUUCAUUGUGGACCUCAUCUAUGCCUUCCAGACUGGUGGCAAGCUCUACCUCAUCCUGGAAUGCCUCAGUGGCGGGGAACUUUUCAUGCAGCUGGAGCGAGAAGGCAUCUUCUUGGAGGAUACAGCUUGUUUCUAUCUGGGUGAGAUCAUUCUGGCACUUGGCCACCUCCACUCUAAUGGCAUCAUCUACCGAGAUCUCAAGCCGGAGAACAUAAUGUUAAACAGUCAAGGGCAUAUUAAGCUGACGGACUUUGGUCUCUGCAAGGAGUCUAUUCAUGAUGGAGCUGUCACCCACACCUUUUGUGGCACCAUAGAGUACAUGGCCCCAGAGAUAUUGAUGCGAAGUGGUCACAACCGGGCUGUGGACUGGUGGAGCCUUGGUACUUUGAUGUAUGACAUGCUCACUGGCUCGCCUCCAUUUACGGCUGAAAACCGCAAGAAAACGAUGGACAAAAUCCUGAAGGGGAAGCUGGUGUUUCCACCCUACUUGACUCCAGAUGCUCGUGAUCUGCUUAAGAAGUUCCUCAAAAGGAAUCCCAGUCAGAGAAUUGGGGGUGGACCAGGUGAUGCUGAAGAUGUUCAGAGACAUCCAUUCUUCCGACAAAUUAACUGGGAUGACUUGCUGGCCAGGAGAAUUGACCCACCCUUCCGUCCAUCCCUGCAAUCAGAUGAUGAUGUCAGUCAGUUUGACACCCGCUUCACCCGGCAGACCCCUGUGGAUAGUCCUGACGACGGAUCCCUCAGUGAGAGUGCCAAUCAGGCCUUCUUGGGAUUUACCUAUGUAGCCCCAUCAGUGUUGGAAAGCAUCAAGGAAGGUUUCUCCUUUCAGCCCAAGCUGCGAUCACCACGGCGCCUCAAUAGCAGCCCUCGCACACCUGUCAGUCCAUUAAAGUUCUCACCAUUUGAGGCCUUCAAGCCAAGCACAGCAGUAGAACUGAUGGAGCUGUCGACACCCCCUCUUGUGCCUGUGCCAGAAGUCACCGCCCCACUACCCAUCAAAACACCUUCUGGCAGCAAGAAGAAGAAAAGUCGAGGGCGGGCACGGUAGCUGGCAUAACAAACAGAUCAUUGGACAGACAGGCUGCCUGCCUGCCUGGCAGAGUGGAACUUUCUCCUUGCAUAGGAUGGGCUAUACUCCUGUGUCACAGCAAGGUGUAUGUUGUGAUGGAGAGCACAUUUUCUCCCACCCAUCCCACACUACUAGGGGUCACCCUCCAUCCUAGCUGCAACGGUCUGUGUGGCUUUGGUACUUACCCAUGUGAUGAUGAUCCCUAUACCAGGGGCUUCCAAUUCAGUAUAUGGGAAAUCAUGAUGGGAAUAGAGGGAGCUACAUAAAGGAGGAUAGCAGUAGACUGCUGUCCUUCCAAGAAUGUGACUUGGGCUAGAGAGGUCUUAGCUCUGGUAGUCACAGCAAGGGCAUAAAGUCUCAUUUCCCUCACUGCUAUUGUAUUUGUGCCAGUUCAGGGCUUAAUAACUUGUCCAGCAAUGAGAGCAACUUUGGCUAAAAAGAAUCAAAAUGGUUCCUUAUGGUUAGACCCUCUCUUGAUGGGCAGCAGCGUGUUUUUGCUUGUCUUAAUUUUUCCAGCAUCCACCCAAGUGCCAAAAAGGACUUGUUCCUUCUGUUACAUCUCCUGGUUGCAAGAUCCUGCAACCUAGGCCCCUACCUGUUUGGCCUUCUCUCUUCACAGCCUCAGCCUGAAUUAAUCCUAACUUGUUACAGAGAGGAUCAUGGUUGGGCUCAUGCCCAGAGGAUGGGCAGCAUGUUGCACAUCUUCAACUGUGAAGUGCAUGGAACAUGCAAAAACAAAGUAGCACAAUUCCAGUGAGAGAGCUGCUGCAUCUGGUCAUGUGCUGAAUACACCCACCAUCUCAUCAAUGGAGGAAGCUGUUGAAAUACAGUCCUUACCCCUCUGCUUUACUGUAAUGGAGCAAAAGCAACAACAAGGAAACAGGCUGCCAUUUCUUUUACAACAUGGUAAACAAGUGCAGUGCUACAGACAAGAAGUGGGAAGGAAGCUGGCCAAGCGGGAAGAGCAGCCCUGUCAGUUGAGCACAAGUUGAUUCCAUAGUCUUCUGUGUGGGAGAGUCCAGUUUUGUCCUCCUUCUGGCUCUCUCUAGAGAGCUGUGACAUGUGCCUGCUUGCCACUGUCCUCCCAAGUUGCUGUUCCUGAGAAGGAAUGCAGAUCGCUAAGCAGGGUUUCUGCUCUACCCUCUGCGGCCUUGGAGGCCAUGUCUUCUUCCUCCUCCUCUGAGGGCUCCAGCUCUACUCUCUUUUCAAGUGGCUCAGGUGUGGUACUCUUGUUAAACAUCUCCUGCCUUUCUUCCUCGCCUUCAUUUUCUGCCUGCUGGAAGAGCAGCUCUGUCUGCUGCUCCUCCUCCGCAUCAUCACUCUGGCACUCCCCAAGUUCCUCAUCACUCUGCUCCUCAUCCUGGUAGCCGUGAGACAGCUCUUCACUGUGUAUCUGCCCCCAAAAGUUCUGCCAGCGGAGGACUAGCCUCCUCAUCAGGUGCUGGGGGUGAUACCUUCCCUCAGACUUGAGGCUCAGGUGCCGCCAUGCUAGAAACAGCAGGAUGAGAAGGAGCAAGAGCGUGAAGACCAGAAGACCCACGACGGCAUCAUCCCUCUUGUUGCCAACGCCACCUCUCUGUGAAGCCACGCUGAGGACCUCCCCAGGAAUUAGCAGGAACACAACCAAGACAGCAUGGGUGAGCCUCUGCAGAAAGACAGGAACCAGGAUGAAUUGCUGUCCUGCAAAUCAGGGCUGUUUGCUCACCUUUUUUACUUUUGGAACAGUUGCUAUCUUAGCUGUGUGAGUGUGUGGAUCGUGAAUUUCGGCUCUGUGGACCAGUAUUACCUAGUGUUAAUUGCUCUCUGCUAACAAAUGGCAAAAAGACAGAAUAGCAAGGCUUUGGGAUUGCUUAGAAGCAGUCUUCAAAGAAACAGCCCUGUUUAGUCUUGCAACAUAAAAAAAGGAGGAAAGGCAGGGUAUGAAAUGGAAUGUGGCAGCACCUUUGGACUUACUGGUUUUUAUUUUAGCAUGAGCUUUUGUGGAUUUAAACCCACUUCAGAUGCAGUAGAGUGAUAUAAAAGCCUCAGGUAUAAAGCAUAUUUAUACAGUUGUGGGAAUGGGAUAGAAUAUAAUAGGACCCAGAAAGAUGCAAAUCAUGUCUCUUGCCCUAAAUUUUCAAAGGGCUGGGCAAGGUGAUACAAGUCUUUCAGAUCUUUACAGUGGUCAAUUACUGUGAAUUUGUGAAAGUGACAAAUGUGCUUACCAAAAGUCAGUUUUCCUUGGCCAGCCUUCUGUAAAUCUGGUUUUUACCUGUUCACCACCUAGCCACUGAGAUUAGGCAGGGCUGCACUUGUACAGAUUUGUACAAAAUAGCAAUGAAAGAAAUGUUUGUUUUGCUGUUUCCAAGAUUUUAUUGAGUGCUGCAACAGAUCUGAGCUUUGCAGCAUCACUACAAACCAUCAUGUCUGUGAAUUGUGAUAACUAAAGAGGACAGUGUCUCCUGACACAAACUUCUGCUUUCUGGUUGUAUCCCAUAAUGGACAAUGUUCCACAUGUAGUUUGCACUUUAAAAAAAAACAAAUUGUGUGCCAAGAAAAGUUAAUUCUAUGAUGAUAAAUUAUGGAGACAAAAAGUAUGUGCUUAAUUCUUAUUUUUAUGUGAUUUUUGUAUCUGUUUUGUUAGUUCUGGGGAGGAACAUGGUGCUCAAUAGAGCCUUAAAGUCUCACCUCUGGCCACGAAAGGUGUUCUUUACUACUGCACUGGUUCCUGAGAACACAGCAAGCAUGAUCUGUCUGCUUUCUCCCCAUUAUGGAUGUAAAGGGAUGCAAAAACGUAUGAUCUUUUAAAGAAUAAAAACCAAUAUUCUCAGGAAA